UCCCAAGAAAUAGAGGGCCCCGAUUGCGACUAGAUAACGGAUCAGCACAGUCUUUUCUGCUAAAGAUAUCAAUGGAAGAUUUCCUUCAUAAUCGUAGAUAUCUCUUUCACCCUAUAUAUGAUCUUCAUCUAUCUUACUAAUAUCUAUACCUACGCUACUUCUGCAUAAGAGAAGAUCAUUGUGAGACCCACUUUGAUCUGAUUCAGCUCUGUAUACUCUCGAGGUAAAUGGCAACCCCUGUUGAACCUCCUAAUGGAAUAAAAUCUGUUGGGAAACAUUACUAUACAAUGUGGCAAUCUUUAUUUGAGUUGGAUACUAAAUAUGUUCCAAUUAAGCCAAUUGGUAGAGGGGCUUAUGGUAUUGUGUGUUCUUCCAUUAACAAAGAAACAGAUGAAAAGGUUGCAAUUAAGAAGAUACAUAAUGUUUUUGAGAAUCGGAUUGAUGCUCUGCGAACUUUAAGGGAAUUGAAACUUCUACGGAAUCUUAGACAUGAGAAUGUAAUUUCCUUGAAAGAUGUCAUGUUGCCUGUUCAUAAGAGAACUUUCAAGGAUGUCUACUUGGUUUAUGAACUGAUGGAUACAGAUUUGCAUCAAAUUAUCAAGUCUUCUCAAUCUCUUACCAAUGAUCACUCCCAAUAUUUCCUUUUUCAGUUGCUUCGAGGACUUAAAUAUCUUCAUUCGGCGAACAUUCUCCAUCGAGACCUCAAGCCCGGGAAUCUUCUCAUCAAUGCAAAUUGUGACCUAAAGAUCUGCGAUUUCGGUCUAGCUCGAACCAGCAAUGAAAAUGGCCAAUUCAUGACCGAAUACGUAGUCACUCGCUGGUAUCGAGCCCCCGAGCUUCUCCUCUGCUGCGACAACUAUGGAACUUCAAUCGACGUUUGGUCAGUCGGAUGCAUUUUCGCAGAGCUCCUUGGUCGAAAACCAAUCUUUCCAGGAACAGAAUGUCUAAACCAGUUAAAACUGAUUGUGAAUGUACUUGGUAGCCAAAAUGAAGAUGAUCUUCAGUUUAUUGAUAAUCCAAAGGCAAGGAAGUACAUUAAGAAAUUACCUUAUUCAAUGGGGACAACAUUUUCUUGUCUAUAUCCAAAUGCUAAUCCUUUAGCAAUUGAUCUUUUGGAGAAAAUGCUUGUUUUCGAUCCAUCGAAGAGGAUUAGUGUUAGUGAAGCACUUGAACAUCCUUUUAUGUCUUCUCUUUACGAUCAAAAUAGAGAUACUAAUGCUCAGAUUCCGACUGACCUUGAUAUCGAUGAAGAUUUGAAUGAGGAAAUGAUUAGGGAGAUGAUGUGGAGAGAAAUGGUUCAUUAUCAUCCUGAAGCUGCCAUGGCAAAAAUGGAGGUAAAUUAUUGAGUUGGUUAAAAGGGUAACACUUUUUUUUUAAUGAAGUGAUCAAUGUUAUGCUUUAGAAAUAUGAAUGGAUGUUAUUUGCGGGGAAGAAUAAGGAUUAAUGGUUUGUGCCAUUUAGUUAAAAAAAACUUUUGAGAAUUAUGUUAUGAGUUCUUGCUAUCCAGAGGCUUCUGGAAGUUAUGUAUAUAUUUGUUGUUUAGAAUUCUGAAAUAAAGUCUCUUUGUAAAUUAAAUGUUGUUAAGCUA